AGGUGUAUGGUACUAAUUAAUGUAAUAGUGCAUGAAGGUAAAUAUUGAUUUGUAGAGUUAUUGCUUUUAAUCACCAGGAAAUUCUAUUGUCUCUCCAAGUAAGCGGCAGAGGAGCAGGAGAUAUUCUAGUGUAGGAAAAAAUUGUCAAUAUUCAAUCUUGAGAAUUGGUCCUCUUCUUGAUCUACAUUUCAUUGCUUAGAAGGUGCCAUAUUGGUGAAACCCACAAAGAAAUGCUUGACAUUGUCACAGAACAAUAGCUUGUGCAGGUACCCUGCAGACUGUAGGAUUGAUUUCAUUGUUUGUCAGCAAAGCUGUAAAUCUGAAGAUUUCUUGUUCGUGCUGGUGACAUAAUUCUUGAGUGCAUUCUUGUUAUGUGCACUUCAUUCAUCUUUAUGGCAGCAUGAUAAGGGUUCUAUAAUUCAGAAAGCAAUUAGAAGGCGACGUUUCAAAACCUGUAAAAAAAACAAUGCAUCUGUUUCGAAAAUCUAGAAGUAGAUCUCCGACAUUUGAAAUUCCAAAACUUUGCUUAUCAAAGCAGAAAAAUGUGUCCAUUGAGGAGCCUAGCUCGACCUCCAAUGGCCUUGAGGUGCCUUUGGAGCAGAGAGGAAGGUCCACCAGUUUUGACUCUAGUUCCUUGAGCUCAGAGAAGAAUGAAUUUCUGCAGGUUCCAAUCAUGACAGGAAGAAGAUGUCAUUCUUUUGAUUCCUGUACCAUAGGGUCACGAAGUUGGAGUGCAGAAUCCUCGGAUGACAAUACAUCCGAAAGAGAAUCCACAAAGAGUUGGAAUCAUUUACGGAUUCCCAGAGGAAAACGACGGACUUCCAUGGAAAUCCCCAAGCUGUGCAUACAUUGUGUUCACAUGGAGAGAUUUGCAGAAAAAGAACAGGGAGAAGUAAAUGGGAGACAUUUUUACUUGGGAAGUGAGGAACACCUAGCCUCAGGUUCUAGCACCAGCUAUACAACUUCAUCGGAUGAAGGCUCCUUAACAUCAGAUAUAGACUUCUACCUGUCAGAUGAAUCUUCACAAGGAGAUCACUAUGACAGAGAAAGUGAGGCUGAGCCGUAUUUGAGUGACACAGGUAGAAAUAAGAGCUGUUCUCCUGAUUGCGGCUAUCCAAAGAGUUCAAAUUCACAUUCCCCUUCUCCAGACAAUCGCAAGUCCCCAGAUGACCGUCCAUACACAAAUGCUGUUACCUUGGAAGUUCCUGUUAUUCGUCAACACAGAUCCACCUCUCUAGAUGGAGCUUUAUUACAAUCUAAUUCCAACUCAGAUGUAGCAGUUAAACCAGUUAGUCCAAAUCGUGGAAUGGUACAGAGACAGGACUCUUUUGAUGAGGGAUUAGUACUAGAUGAUGGCUCAAAAUCUCAAGUACGAUCCACAUCCGUGGAUGUAAAUUUACCAACAGAGGAGGAAAAACAUUACAAAGCCAUUACUGGAUCACCGAAGGCUAUUUCUAAGAGCACAUUCAGCAAUACAAACUACCUACAUCCGAGUCAUGCGGAAUCCGGAUUCCGGAGGAGGGAACUCCGGUCGACGGUGGACUGGGCAGAUCAGGCGGUUAACAGUGACCACCUCUGGGUGGACACUAAUGCCUCCGGGGAUUACUGCUAUGCCAUGGAACCAGAUUGUCUGAAAACAGGACCAAGGAAAAAAUGUAUUGCUUGCAAGAUUGUGGCUCAUACGAUGUGUAUUCCUGUCCUAGAAAAGAAAAACCUGAGAUGUAAACCAACAUUCCGAGAGGCUGGUGUACGAAAUUAUCGAGAGGAAAGUGACUCUGAACCUUCGCAAACCUUUAUGAGACAUCAUUGGGUCCACAGAAGGAGACAGGAGGGCAAGUGUAAGCAGUGUGGAAAGUCGUUCCAGCAGAGAUUUGCAUUCCAAAGCAAGGAAAUAAUUGCCAUCAGCUGUUCAUGGUGUAAGGCAGCCUAUCACAACAAGGUGUCAUGCUUCAUGAUGCAGCACAUAGAGGAGCAGUGUACACUGGGUGCCCAUCAGAGCAUCAUUGUUCCACCAUCAUGGAUCAUAAAACUUCCAAAAAAAGGGUCUUUCAAAUCAUCAUUGCGAAAAAAGAGGCGAGCCUCUAUAAAACGGAAGAAAGGCAAGGAAGAAAAUCGUCCAUUCAUAAUCAAGCCCAUUCCCUCCCCCCUUCUUAAGCCACUUCUAGUUUUCAUUAAUCCCAAAAGUGGUGGAAACCAAGGGGCCAAACUCAUGCACAAGUUUUGUUGGUGGUUGAACCCUCGACAGGUGUUUGACUUGUCACACGGAGGACCACGACCAGGACUUGAGCUGUACAAGAAAGUGCCUAACUUGCGUAUCCUGGCUUGUGGAGGAGAUGGCACAGUGGGCUGGAUCCUGUCCGAAAUCGACAGUCUGGGCAUUAAACCUCCACCUCCUGUUGCCAUCAUGCCACUGGGCACGGGGAAUGAUCUCUCUCGAACCCUCAACUGGGGAGGGGGAUAUGCAGAUGAACCAAUUACCAAAAUCCUUAGUUAUGUAGAAGAGGGCCAAGUUGUUCAGCUUGACAGAUGGAACAUAGAAGUUUCUCCCAAUGCUGUGGCCGAGAACGACGUCUGUGAUGAACCGUUAGUAACCGACCAACUACCCUUAGAUGUGUUCAACAAUUACUUCAGUCUCGGAGCUGAUGCCCAUGUGGCUCUAGAAUUCCAUGAAAGCAGAGAGGCCAAUCCAGAAAAGUUUAACAGCAGGUUUUGGAACAAAAUGUUCUAUGCAGGUGCAGGUGGGCGUGACAUGCUCAGGAGAAGUUGGAAGGGCCUGGCUGACCAUAUCCAACUUAUCUGUGAUGGUCAAGACUUGACCACUAAAGUCCAAGAAAUGAAACUUCACUGUUUAUUAUUCCUUAACAUUCCAAGGUAUGCAAGUGGGACGUUACCCUGGGGAAAUCCUAACACACCAGGAUUUGAACCACAACGCCAUGACGACGGUUACCUAGAGGUCAUAGGUUUCACGUACUCCUCCUUGGCCACCUUGUAUAUGGGAGGUCAUGGAGAGAGGCUAAUACAAUGCAGGGAAAUAAAGCUAAAGACUCUGAAGGCCAUUCCAAUGCAGGUGGAUGGGGAGCCGUGCCGGUUACGGCCCUCAACCAUCGUCAUCCAAGCACGGAAUCAGGCCAAUAUGAUUGCCAAACCAAAGAGGAGGGGCUCAGUACCUAUAGCCAAUGAUCCCCCUUCCAUGCCUGAGCGACUUCGAAUACAGGUCAGCCGUAUCAGUAUGGCUGACUAUGAGCAUCUGAAUUACGACAAAGAUCGCCUCCGGGGAGCAUCUGUCCCUUUAGGACUAAUUGUAGUAGACAAUAAUGCAGACCUGGAUCAAGUCAGACAGAUUAUCAACAAACUUCAGCAGGGAAACAACGAACUCAACUCUUCAUCACAACCUCUGUCUUCAAAAUGGUGCUUCUUAGAUUCUACAACGGCUGAACGCUUUUUUCGUAUUGACCGAGCCCAGGAACAGUUACACUACAUAACAGAUAUCUCCUCCGAGGACCUCUAUAUACUAGACCCGGACAUGUCCAGCACUCAACAUUCCACUGGAAAUGGGGAGGUGACUAAACCCCAGGAAGACAAAGGCCUGGUCUUCACCUUCUCAAUGCCAGUCACCCCACCAAAGUCCCCAGGCAUUUCUGACACUCGACAUAAUAAUAAUGAUGAAAAGCAUUCUCUACCUGUGCCAAAAUCUCCUGGAGAGAACAGGACCACACUUCCUCGUCCUGAGAGUAAGGAAAAUUUACUCACCCCACCCUCCCCCGGCUCAGACAACAGUCAUAUGCCCCUCCGCAGAGCAAGCCCACAUAAGGGCACAUGGGUCUGUGUUCGAGUCGCAGACCGCAGCUUUCUACGUCACUCACUGGGCUCUGAGCCAGGCUCGCCAAAUUCUCCAAAUGAAUGUGGUUCCAAGCAGUAUCAGUUUAUGUCAGUGGCCAAUGCAACGGCAGCUGGAAAAGCAAAGAAACUCACAGUAGCUGACAAAGGCUUGAUAGAUGCAUCAAAGAGAGGCGAUUUGACAAAGUUGGUUGACUUGUUUUGUCAACACGAUGCAGACCUCCUAGCGACUGAUCAAUAUGGCAUGACCUCACUGCACCAUGCUGCACGGUUUGGACAUAAGGGCAUUGUCAAAUAUCUCAUCGAUAAUGCUCCCCCUGUCAUUCUGGAUAUGGUGGAUUAUGAAAAAGGGCAAACAGCAUUGCACAAGGCAGCGUGGUACCAGAGGAGAACGAUUUGUUACAUGUUGGUAGAGGCUGGGGCCUCGCUGACGCGUACUGACUAUCAGGGUAACACGCCUCGGUUACAGGCCCUGAAAGCUGACGACAAAGAACUGGCUGCUUAUCUAGAAAGUCAGGAGCAUUUUCAACUGGUUGUGUCGGAGGAUCAGGAAACAGCAGUUUGACUGGUCCCCC